AUGACUUUUAGUUCAGAUGAAGAGUUGAGUGAUAAGGAAGAAAAUGUGGUCUUACCUGUGGUGUUAAAGGAUGAUGAGAAAAUUGAAGAGCCGAAGUCAUCAAUGACUUUUAGUUCAAUGGAAGAAGUUUGCUCUUAUUAUAGGAGGUAUGCUAAGCAAGCUGGGUUUGGUGUAGCUCAUAGAACCUCGAGAAAAACGAAGGGUAUAAAAAGUUACAUAAUGCUUAUAUGUACUCGUGGAGGUGACGAGCGAGCUACAAAAGAUGUUGCGAAGCCAAUUCCAACAACUAAUAGAACAGGGUGUGGUGCUAGGAUUUGUGCGAAAUUAUGUGGUGAUGGAACGUGGUUUUUGAGUAAAGUUGAGCUGACGCAUAAUCAUUCGUUAAGCCCGGGUAAAGCGAGAUUUUUUAGAAGCAAUAGAAAAAUUAAUGAUGCUGCAAAAAGAAGACUUGAGCUAAAUGAUAGAGCAGGAAUACGUCUGAGUAAGAAUUUCAAUUCUUUAGUCGUUGAAAGUAGGGGGUUACGAAAUGUUUUUUGGGCAGAUGCACGGAGUAGGGCAGCAUAUGAUUUCUUUGGAGAUGUUAUUACGUUUGACACAACGUAUUUGACCAAUAGCUAUGACAUGCCCUUUGCUCCUUUUGUAGGAGUGAAUCAUCAUGGUCAAUCUAUACUUUUGGGGGCAGGACUAAUUUCAAGUGAGGAUAUAGACACAUUUGUGUGGUUGUUUAAAUGUUGGUUGGAGUGCAUGAAUGGCCAAGCCCCUAAAGCAAUUAUAACAGACCAGGAUAGAGCUAUGAAAAAUGCAAUUGCUAUUGUUUUCCCUGGAAGUCGACAUAGAUAUUGUCUGUGGCACAUUAUGAAAAAGUUCCCUGAAAAAUUUGGAUCACAUGCUAAUUUUGAUGGCAUUAAGAGUGCCAUAAAUAAAUGUUUGUAUGACUCUCAAACGUGUGAAGAAUAUGAGGAAAACUGGAAAGAUCUACUGGAGAAGUAUAACCUUCAUGAUAAUGCAUGGUUGAACGAGUUAUAUAGGGAUAAGACAUUUUGGGUGCCGGCAUACAUGAAAGAUACGUUUUGGGCGGGAAUGAACACUACACAGCGAAGUGAAAGUAUGAACGCAUUUUUUGAUGGGUACGUGCACUCACGAACCACAUUGAAAGAAUUUGUUGAUGAAUAUGAUAAUGCUUUAAGGAGAAUGGUCGAGAGUGAGACAUGUGCUGAUUUUGAUUCUUUCAAUCGCACAAUCUCAUGUAUAAGCGCCUUGCAGAUAGAGAAACAGUUUCAAGUUGUCUACACAAAUGCGAAGUUCAAAGAAGUACAUGAUCAGUUUGUGAAAAUGAUGUCCUGUAAUAACUCUCAUCUCAAAAGUGAAGGUGCAAUUUCCACGUUUGAAGUUAUUGAAUAUGUUGCCGUUGGAGACCACUUAAUAGAAAAAACAUUUCUUGUUUACUUCAAUGAAGAUGAAUUGGAAGUGAAGUGCACAUGUGCAUUGUUUGAAGUAAGAUGCAUCUUAUGUAGGCAUUCACUUUCCGUGUUACGGACAAAGAAAGUGACAACUUUGCCACAAAGAUAUGUUCUUGAUAGAUGGAGGAAGGAUAUUAAGCGAGAGUACUCGAAGGUUAAGAGUAGUUAUGAUGCCAUUGGUGAUAAUCCACAUGCCCAAAUAUAUGACAAGGUGAGAAACAAUUUUGAGGAAUUACUAUCGCUCGCAUCAGAAAACACUGAGGAACGUUGCAUGGAACUAAUGAAAAGAAUUGAUCAAAUGAAGGAGUUGUGGCGUUGCGAAAAUCAAGCUUCUGGCAUUCCAGCUACUGUUGCAUCUUCUAGUUGUCAAAAGGUGCUUAGUCCUCAUAAGGUUACUUGUAAAGGGAGGCCAAGAACAAAGAGAAAGGUGUCUGUUAUAGAAACAGUGGUAAAGAAAUCUAAUGUAUCAAGCAAGCCACCAAGAGACAACAAUGCUAGAACGAAGAGACGGAAAAUUCAAGCCUCGAAAUCAACGAAAAAUCAAGGCAACACUAGUCAAUCUCCGUUGCCUUCUGUACCUUUUGCAACUCACGAUCAUAGUACUCAGGAUUCCGUCGCUUCGUCAUCAACAGUUGCUCACACCUUCAGUGGUCACCAUCAUUCUAUUCUUUUUCAGGUAUAA